CCCGUGAAGUGCGGGCUUAAUUACGUCGUAAGCUGCCAUGGAGCGCAACCCCAGGACGCCGGCUCCCCGGGUGUAUACGGAGGUCCCGCCGGAAACAAUAUUCGUGCCUGCCACCACGUCGACGUUCAAGGAGGUGGUGCAGCGUCUCACCGGCCAGCCGGCGGCCGCAAAUACCGUCGCCCAUGGCUAUGGUGCCACCGUGCAGCAGCCACCGCCGCCACCGGUGCCACUCGCGGCCGGCAUCGUCUCGCCAUAUACGCACCCGCUACCACUGUUGUCGGACAUGCCGGGCCUGUGCAUCGCCAACAAGGCGGUGAAGGUGAACACACUGUUCCCGAUGACAUCGGCGUCAAUGCUCGCUGAGGACGUGGAGGUGGAGAUGGUGGACGCUGAAGAGGAGAAGGCCAUCAAGGAGGGGAGGUUCUACCUGCUUCCGUCGGGAAGGUGCCGCUGCUGUCACGCCGAGCCGAAACUGCUUCCAUUGUUUCCAGGAGCGGAGUAGCCCCUUUCCUACAGUGAUGGAAGUUGAGAAUUAUAUGAAGCGCCUAUGCGUCUGGGAGGACUAGGUGAACACAUAUUAUGCGUGGUGUGAUACUUCCAACUAUCUCUUACUUCAGCAAAUGUGUUGGAUUUUGCCGUUCUCACUGAACAUAGUCAUGCAUGGAGAUAAUUACU